UUUAUAACACCCCAGCUGUCCUCGGGAGCCCAAAUAAGGCUGUGACCACCCGGAGCCCCCCAGGACACACAAUGGGUCCUGAGCACAGACUUUUUGGGAAGGUGGAGAGGCGGGUCAGCCCAAGAAAGGCAAAGGCACUGUGCUGGGCAGAGCUGAUAAACGGUGAGUGGGGCACAGGCGACACAGCUGCCCUAGCCACCCAUUGUCUGUCUGCACCCCGCUGCCCGUGUGCCACCGAGGAUGGAGGCCAUCAAGAAGAAGAUGCAGAUGCUGAAGCUGGACAAGGAGAACGCCCUGGACAGGGCAGAGCAGGCGGAGGCUGAGCAGAAGCAGGCGGAGGAGCGGAGCAAGCAGCUGGAGGAUGAGCUAGCUGCCAUGCAGAAGAAGCUAAAGGGGACAGAGGAUGAACUGGACAAAUACUCUGAGGCCCUGAAAGACGCCCAGGAGAAGCUGGAGCUGGCAGAGAAGAAGGCGGCGGACGUAUGUAUGGGGUGCAGGGUGGAAGAUGAGUGCUGCCUCGCCCCCCUUCCUGGUGGGUCUGCAGCCCUUCCCUGUGCCUUGGGGACACAGGAAAAGUCCCUGUCCCUCGGUGUGCUCCCGGUAACACUGUGUAGGUGUCUGUGAAGGACAAAUCCAGAGGGCAGAGCCGGGCUGCGAGCAGCUCAAGUGCGGGAUAUGGGGGUCCACGUGUCCCCAGGAAAGUCUGAGUCACGGCUGGGGGUGGUGGAGCCGAGCUCCGAGAAGGAGGAGGAGGAGGAGGAGGAGGGGAGAGCCCUCAUCCCCCCGCGGGCGGGGGCUCAUGGGCAGCGUGAGCAUUGCACAGCCCGGCUAUUGUUGUCCGCCGUUUCCAGGAAAACAAUGGGGCGAGCGGUGCAGGGUUUCAGCCAGCUCUCCUGCCAUCCAGAGGCCCCGCUCGUCACCUGUCAGGACCUGGCAGUCCUUGAGAGGCCGGCAUGUCUCAGGGGCCAGUGUCAGAGCCACGCAGCCCAGCUCUGAUGGAGAGCAGGAGCCGUUCUCUCCCUGCUCGUGGGGCAGUGCCUGAGCCCCAGCACAGCACCUGGGCUGCUCUCCCUGCGAGCUCCAGAGCCCUGGCACAUCUCCAACCCUGCAGCUUUGCCUGCACAUCCCUGCGGCCCGUCCUGCACUGGAACUGGCUUGUGUCGAGUGCAGUAUUGCAGAGCUCUUGGCAGCCCUUUCCCACC